AUCUUCGUCUUAGGGGAUUGGACAAAAAUAUUUCAGCAAUGAACAGCUUCAUGAAUAUGGCCACCAUAGGAGAUUUCGACCCGCUGAACGCGAAUAUCCCUGCCACCAAAGUUGAAAUCACAGUGUCGUGCAGAAAUCUGCUGGACAGGGAUACCUUUUCUAAAUCUGAUCCAAUAUGCGUGCUGUACACACAGGGCAUCGGAAACAAAGAAUGGAGAGAGUUUGGGAGAACAGAAGUCAUUGACAACACCCUAAACCCAGAAUUUGUGCGCAAAUUCAUCCUGGACUAUUUCUUUGAAGAAAGACAAAACCUUCGUUUUGAUCUAUAUGACGUUGACUCAAAGAGUGCCAACCUAUCAAAACAUGACUUCCUCGGCCAGGCCUUCUGCACCCUGGGAGAGGUGGUGGGAUCCUUGGGGAGUCGGCUGGAGAAACCUCUGGUUGGCAUCCCAGGGAAGAAGUGUGGGACCAUUGUUGUGAAGGCAGAGGAGCUGAACAACUGUAGGGAGUCUGUGAUGAUGCAGUUUUGUGGGAACAAACUGGAUAAGAAAGACUUUUUUGGCAAGUCCGACCCCUUCCUGGUUUUCUACCGCAGCAAUGAGGAUGGAACGUUCACGAUUUGCCACAAAACGGAAGUGGUGAAAAACACACUGAACCCAGUGUGGCAGGCCUUCAAGAUUCCAGUGAGAGCCCUCUGCAAUGGAGACUAUGACAGGGCGAUCAAGAUUGAGGUGUACGACUGGGAUCGAGAUGGCAGCCAUGACUUCAUUGGCGAGUUCACCACCACCUACAGAGAGCUGUCCCGGGGCCAAUCACAGUUUAACGUGUACGAGGUGUUCAAUCCCAAGAAGAGAGGCAAGAAAAAAAAGUACCAGAACUCUGGAACGGUGACACUGCUGUCCUUUCUGGUGGACGUUGAGGUCACCUUCCUGGACUACAUCAAAGGCGGAACGCAGAUCAAUUUCACAGUGGCGAUUGAUUUCACAGCCUCAAAUGGUAACCCAGCCCAGCCCACCUCGCUGCACUACAUGAGCCCAUAUCAGCUCAACACCUAUGCCAUGGCGCUGAAGGCUGUGGGGGACAUCAUCCAGGACUACGACAGCGACAAGAUGUUCCCCGCGCUGGGCUUUGGUGCCAAGCUACCACCUGACGGCAGGGUCUCCCAUGAGUUCGCAUUGAACGGAAACCCACAGAACCCUUACUGCCCUGGGAUAGAUGGGGUGAUGGAAGCGUACUACCAGAGCCUAAAGUCUGUGCACCUCUACGGACCUACAAACUUCUCACCUGUCAUUAACCACGUUGCCAGGUAUGCUGCUUCGGUGAAGGAUGGCUCUCAGUACUUCGUCCUCCUCAUCAUCACUGACGGGGUCAUCUCAGACAUGGCACAAACCAAGGAAUCCAUUGUCAACGCUUCCUGUCUUCCCAUGUCCAUCAUAAUUGUGGGUGUCGGGCCAGCAGAAUUUGAUGCCAUGAUCGAGCUGGACGGGGAUGAGGUCAGGAUUUCGUCGAGAGGAAGAUUUGCGGAGCGAGACAUCGUUCAGUUUGUCCCGUUCCGAGACUACAUCGACCGGACGGGGAACCACAUUCUCAGCAUGGCCCGGCUGGCCAAGGAUGUCCUGGCUGAGAUCCCGGACCAGUUCCUGUCCUACAUGAGGACCCGAGGCAUCAAGCCGUCGCCCGCGCCCCCUCCCUACACCCCCCCGGGACAGCCCCUUCAGACGCAGAUCUGACGGACACCCCCCUCAUACCUCUUGGAGUGGCUGAGUGUUGUUGGGGGGUCUAUCUCUCUCUCUGUCGUUGCACUAUGGAGACAGGAAAAGCUCUCAGAAUAGGCAGAAGGCAUGUUUACUUUCAUUUGAGCGUUCUUCUGACAGGACUCUGGUUUCUCUGGAAGGCCUUUGUAAGCCAAGGCAGCCGGUGAUCUCAGCUGGCCUGCAUGGUGAAGGACAUUUCAGAGCUGCUCUUCCAGUGCGGGUCUGUUUAGGAGCACUGGGACACAAAGGCCCCGCCUCUGCCCACCGCGGGAGCCAGAAGCCCUCGUCUUCUGUAAAUAACUUUGGAACCGUGCUUCUUCCUUCCUUCCAUCUCCUGUUCUCCGUCCCUCAGACUCUCUCCCUCGCUUUCUCUGAUUCUUGCAUUCUCGCCUCUCCUAGUCUCUCGCACCCUCUCUAUCACCCUCUCCCACUCUCUCCUGCUCUCCCUCUAACUCACUCUCAAUGUUUACAUGUCAAUGAUGAUUUUUACAGUUGGAUACUUUUAUAAGCCUUGUUUAAAUAUGAAUUUUGGAAUAUUGACUCUCCUAGUGUGUUGUUUUUGCAGCAGGUAAAAAGUGGUAGCUGUGAUUCUGGCAGUGAAUGGUACAGUGGUGUUAAACAGAGCAUGUGCUGUUGUUCUGCACUCACAGACUGUUGUGUAUUCAGCCUUGCAGUGUGUUGUUUUACCACGUUAAAAACUCCUUUACUGUCUUACUGCCUUGACCUGAAGGUCACUUAGUAUCACAGCAUUCUUCCACCACUACAAACAACAGUAAUUCAACCGGCCUUAAGAUCCAUUGUAUUUCAAAACAGCAGCUGCUGCUUUCUGAAGCAAGGGGCCCAACUUUCAAAAACAUAAAAGCUCCGAUUAAUUUAUUCAUGUAUGUGUUUUUGAUGCCAUUGCAAACUGUAAUAUAGUACAUUAGUUCACAAAGGUGAUGAGAUAUAUUGAUUAAUAUUGCAAAUAUGAAGGCUUGAGUGUCUCAAAGUUGCCAAAAAGUUUUUGUUCAGUUCUUUAGCAUGUGUCUGGUGGCAUGCUUUGUUGAACAGUGACUUAGCAGAUGUGGCUGUCCCCCACAUAACUAUGCACAAACAGAAUAAUAUGAUAACAUCCCUGUGAUCAAAGUUUCCCUUAUCAGCAUUGACAGUGGGCAAGAAUUCCAGGGAAGAAAAUAUGGUUGCGAAGUACAAUUCCAGACCAUGUUUUCAGAAGAACGUGCUCAUUCAUUACACAUGAGCACACGAUUUUAUCAUUGAAAUUAGUUUCAGUGGCUCUCCAUAAAUCACCACUGGAAGAAAAGAACACUCCUAACACAUGUAAAACGUUUGGAGGUUGGUACAGACAAUUGGCAGAUCAGUGCUGUAGAUUUUGUCAUGUGGGUAUUAUGUUCCAUUUAAUAUUCCACAGGUUCCAGAGGUUUUCUGUUGUGUCUUCUGUUAGACAGGUAACUGAGCCCGUAAACAACAAGGAUUCACAACACUGCCUCCAGCACAGAUAGAAUGAACUGUACAGUCUGCUUCCAAUGUUAGUGUUCAGUCUCACAUGCACCAGUGUACGUUGGCCUCCAGCAUUACCAUCCGUUCUUACUUCUGGCAGUUGGCACAUUCGGAUCCACGCCCACCUACUGAAAUUGCAUUAGAACAUACUGUACUUAGUUGCUCUCGCAGAAUGAUGCUGGACGAAAUUCCCUGAUGUUUUUGUCGCCAAAUUUUUGUAUGUUUGCAUAAUGAGAAAGGAAAGUGAGCAGGAAACCAGGGGCUCUUUUCAAUCACUUAUUUUUCACCUCCAUCUUCCUUUCCUUGCUCCUUUUCUUGCUCCUAGCUUCAACCAUGAGGGGAGGUAAGAAAGAAGCCAGAAAAGGAGGUAAAGGUGGGGGGAUUGACAAAAUGUGAAUUAGGCGAAAGGAAUGUCCUCGCUCCUGAAGUUACAUCACAGGUGUGGCAUAUGCGUGGCAGAUAGGGAGAGGUGGAUCCACAGGUGUAUUCACAUAAGAAACUUGUAAGUAUUUUCAAUGGGUGGCAUGCACACUGGACUGCCAUAGCAAAUCCUCACUGAAGCAGACAGGCAAUUGCACAUGGAUGCAGUAAUGGAAUUUACCCCAUUUUGACACCACAGUAGGUGGGCACAGUUACAACUUGGAAACAAAUCCUGCCCAGAGGGAGGCUGCAAUAGGGUGUAAAUCAUCAGAGAUAUCAGAGAACAGGAGGAACACCAGGAAAUUCCCUAUCAAAAUUCAAAUUCAUUAAUUCAUGGAAAAACAAACCUCUCUGUACUGUUUCAAUCAAAUUAAUACGCUCAUGUUUUCUUGCGCAAAAACAAUUUAGGAGUCACCUAACUUUGGCUUCAAGUUCUUAGUUAGGAACAUUUAAUGUGUUGGAAUUUCCUUAAAGAUGGUGGAUCUCUAUCAAUUUCCGGGUCAGGCAAAGAACAAGGAGAUAUGACGCGAAGACUAAGCAACUGGAAAGAGCCCGGGAAAGGGUUCCUCUAAGGAGGCAGCACUCACACACUCAGGGCGAGUUUCAUGGAGUUUCUCUGUACCAAUUACAGCAGUGCAGGGAAAGUCUCCAUGAUCAAGAACUUGACAGCGUUGCCCCGUUGAGUUCUUUCUAUUCCAUUUGUGUGUCAAUGGAAUACUUAUGUAGCUGCAUUGAGUUUAAGACAUGAAAAAACCCACAGACAGACAGUCACAUGUAUACACACACACACACACACACACACACAUAUAACAUGAAUAUAUACUCAUAUUACAAUCGUAUGUGAAACACGUGAAGCAAUAUGGAAAAAAAGUUAUUCCUCAUAACAUAAACAGUACAGUACAUUAGUUCAGCCACUUCAUUAAUCAACUAACUUAUCACUUUAGGUCUCCUUCACCAUCAGUCUUAAUCACAUCAGUACAAUCUUUGUAGUGUAAUAAAUAGGCACAUUUACAUGGCACAUCUGCAAACUGACGGAAAAUGGGGUUUGUUCUUCUGUGCCAAAUGGACAAAUUCUAUACCCUUGGGCUACACGCAAGCCUUCGGUUUUGUUUCGACCAUAAUGUGAAAAUGCGAGGUUGAAGAGAGAAAAGUAACAUGUCCAUUUAAAUACACUGAAAGGUUCCUGUGGAGGACACAUUCUUACUGGUUUUACUGCUUCCUUGGUGCCACAGAGCUUGCUACAUAGCCAGUCCCUGUGAUCUGUGAGCAAACAUCAGGCAAUCAGGGGAUUCUGACAGCCCAUGUGACCUUGCACACAUGAACGUUGUUUACUGAAAAUAUCCAAAUAAUCUAUUGUAUGCUUGUCAUAUCUUAUAACGUGCACUAUGUUUGCAUGUAUAGUUUUACAAGAGAUGCACCAUUUUUGUGAGUAGCUUGUUUGAAUAAUACAAGGAGAAAAAAAGUACAAAAUGGCCUUAAAUUUUCACUGAUUUCUUAGAUUUGUGGAAUGCCUUCAGUUGUUUAAUCAAUUGUUCAAUAUUUUGUGUCGGUGUUCAGUUGCUUUGUAAAGUAUACUUUCUUUGCAUUAACCAGAUAUAUGGAAAUAAAUCUGUUGUACUUAUGGAGAUGGUGAUUAAUCAGAGAAAGCAGAACUGGACUUGGAAGAAAAAUGUCUCAUGCAAAGUAUAUUCUCCUAAAGCCCUCAUGAAGCAUAUGUAAUGCAUUCAUUAUUGUGUGUAUAUAUUCUUUAUGAUGGAUGACAUUGCAUGUAUAAUGUAAAAUCUUCUCAAAUAUGUAAUCUCCAAAUUUAGUGACUGAUCUUGAAUGAUCUCUCUGGAUGGUGCAAUGCAUUCACCAAUCUCAUUAAACGCUGUUGAAGACUCAGUGUUGCUAUCCUGGUGAAAAAAAAAGAUUUAGUUUAUUUUAUUCAUUUUGUAAAUUUUUAUUAUUUUUAUGAUUUCAGAGGUAGCUGUAUUGCAUGAUGUUACUUGACUAAAGGUUAAAAUUUAGUCCCAAAUUAUUCUAAAUGACUAUUAAUGUAAAGAAGCCACAUGCUUCAUGAAAGUUUUGGGGAUCUAUACUUUGUAUAUUGUGUGACCACAAAUGCCUGAUUGUCCAGUAUUGCAUUUUAAAAAUGACUAUUUAUGUAGCAAAAUAUCAAUUUUUAAAUAAACAUUCUUAAUAAAUGAAUAUUUACCUCA